AUGGGUAAGAGGAGCAAGCGUCACGUGCGUUUAAGCUCGGCCGCGGCGGCAGCGCAGGCUGGCGGGGCGUCAAUGACCGCCGCGGAGGUCGUGCACGCGUUCAAACACGCCAUGGCCCACUCCCUCGGGCCCGCUCCGCCCCAAUCGGCGCGCCCGGGGUCUAAACGCAUCGCCGAGAGGAGGGCGCUCGCCACAUCCGCCAACGUCCGGGUCGGAGCCGCGCCGUCCCCGGUCAAGGCCGCCGCCUCGAACGGGGUCAAGCCCGUCAGGACGAUCAAGCCGCCGUCGAAGAAGGCGAUCACAUCGCUCACGCGGCACGCGUCCGCUCCCAUGCUCCCGACCGCGGUCGCGACCGUGGGAGCGCAUCCCCGCGAGUCGUCCAAGGAAAACGACGCGCACCAACGUAAAACCACCAAAAACUACGCCAAGCUCAGGGACAUCGUCACCGCGGACGGUUCCGACCUCGGCGUGCUCCGGUCACCCCUUCGACGCAUCGACGCAUGCAGCGCCGGCGCCAAGCCCCACAACGCCAAGACGCCGUCCGCCGGGAAAACCCCGUCGAGGCUCCGACGAACCGAGAGCGCCUCGAAGACCCCGGCGGCGGCGGGUGGUGACUCACCGGGCGCCGCCGACUGGGACGACAUCGACGUAUCGGUCGUAACGGUCACCCCCGCGCCGAGCUCGGGAGCGGACGCGGAGAUGGAGAGCGAGAUUGGCGCGGUCGUCGCCCUCGCGGCGAUGUCCGGGGGCAAGGAGGCGCCGGCGAUGGCGAUGUCGGGAGGGGGCGUGGACGCGGGCCCGCCAAACCCGAGACGGUCGGUUUUCGUGCCCGCCGCGACGCCGUUUCGAGCGCCCGCGCCGGUUCAGAUGACCCCGCGAUGCCCCCCACCGCCGUCCUUCUUCGAGUUUAAACGUCCGUCGCCCGUUUCGUCUCCCUCGCUCGGGGUAGAAGACGAACCGUCAGCGACGCCGGGCCCGGGUCCGCUGGGCAAGCGUAAAACGUCGCCGACGACUCGAAGCGUCGUUUCGACCGAUAUCGCGACCGACCUGGAGGCUGCGCGCGCCGCCGUCGCGCUCGGUCGUUGGCGCGCGGCGUACGCCGUGCGACAAAGCGAACGGCGGUCCGAGCGACGCGCGGAGCGCCUCGUGUCCCUGCUGAGGGAGCAGGCUGGCGAGUUUGACGCGCAGUCUGCCAAGUUUCGGGAGAAGCUCUCGGGCGCAAAGUCCGAGUUGAGGGACGCCAAGGGCAGGGAGGAGGAGCUCAGGGCGGCGCUCACCGCCUCGCAGAUGGACGUCGACGACCUCACGGAGCUCGUCGGUAGCGUGACGAGAAAAUCGGCCAAGACGGCGUGGAGGCUCGCGGCCCGCGCGGGCGUGGAGAGAUGUAAGCGCAUCAAGGUGGAGGAGGAAGUCGCCGCGUCUGCCCACCGGCGCCGUAUGGACAAACAGUCUGCCGAGGAGGAUCAGGCCGCGGUCGAUAAGCUCAACGACACGCUCGGCGACGUAUCGAGGGCGCUCGCGGCGACUCGCGCGGAGCUCGAGGUGGCCAUGGCGGCGCAGGUGAAGGGGGAACUGAAGGACUCGCUCAGGGCGAAGGUUGCCGAGGAGCUCAGGCGCGAGUUGAGGGAGUCGACGAUGGCGGAACUUCGCCGGGAGGCUCGCGAGGAGGCUGAGGAGGAGCGACGCGUCGCGGGUGGGUACGCGCGACUCGCCGCCAUAGGAGCCGCGGCGGCGAGGGCCGGCGGGGGCAUGGUGACGCCAGCCGCGGCGCUCGGCGCGCCCUCCUUUCCGCCGUUUUCAACCGGAUUGCAAAGCUCCGGAAUGCUCCGGACCCCGGGAAACGCGUUCGGCGGCGCGAUGCACCCGUACGCCCGGAUGUUUCCAGACGCGUCCGGACGAAUCCCACCCACGCGGCAAUCUCAACAAUCGAUGAUGACGGCGCCCGACCCGGAGCCGUCGCCCAAGGAGCGGACGGCGGCGGCGGUGGACGAGGCUGACAUCGCCGCCGCCGUCGCCGUCGUUCGCGAGUGCGAUCGCAAGGUUUUGGGCGCGGCGCUCGGGCCCGGUGUCGAGUACACGCCCUCGGAGCAGCUCGCCACGCUCGCGCUGCAGACCGCGGCCAAGUCCCGCUCGCCCCUCAACGUCCUCAAGGGCGUGGACCCCGGACGCCUGGUCCGCGUGCACGAGCGAGCGAUGGAGGCGUUGGCCGUGUCGGUUGAGGAGACGGCUCGAGACCUGUUCUCGCCCAUCACCGCGUUGACGCCGAGCCUCGCGGGGGGAAGCGUGACCGCGACGGUGGUUCCGCCGAUUGGCGCGGGGGAACGGAGGGACGGGCACGAGCUGAACACGUCGAGGGAGAGGGAGGCGAGGGGGAACGCGAAGGGCGGAUGGGGCGCGUGGCUCAACUUCUCCGUGUGA